CUCUGUUCUCCCCGGACGUUAUGAGCGAUCAGAAUGUUGGAACACACAUGUGGGAACCUCCUGGGUCUGAUGAGGACGACGAUUGCCAGACACCUUUUACAGGUGGGGAGAGGUCUGAGCGAGGAGGAGAGAUCUGAACAGACCAAUCUCUUCUCUCUCAUCCAUUGAGGGACACAGGAGAUCAGAUACGGCCGGGUUAUACUGCCACCUACAGGAGGAAUGAACAGAACAAUUGUAAAGGCGGCCUGGAUAAGCCCUCCUACUCCCAGCAUGGUUGCGUUUUAUUGGUGUCUGAGGAGGGUGGAGCUCUGAGAUGUCACCUUCUGUCUCUGCAUCUUUCCAGAGCUGGUUCAUUUCGGCCCAUGAACGGUAUUGAAGAUAAGAACACUUUGUACAUCCAGCAGUGCGGGGUCUUAUUGGACUGUCAGGAUGAUGAUGAUGAAGAUGAUGAAGAUAGAGACAUAACCCAGUCAGUUCCGGACGAGGAGAGCGAGGAAAGCUUCUUAGAAACCGACAAAAAGGACAGUCCUCCCUGCAGUGCUUCCUCUAGGGGCCGCCCGAGCGGGAAGGGAGCCAACAAGCUUUCCAAUAUCAUUGCUCAUCUGCAGAGCCUGGCCAGUGAGCGGGAAUCCUCCCGCAGAGAGACUGCAGCAGAGGAAGACGAGGCCUGGCCUGAGAUGGCGGAGAGUUCUUACGCCUUCGCUAGUGACUGCAUUCCAUAUGAAGGUAACAGUCAGGCCUCGCCGCAGGGCCGCCCGCACUCCACAGACCAGCGACUUAAGGCUUUUAAGGCCAUUAAGAUUUUGCAGGAGACGGACUCCAAGGACAGAAAGUACAUUUGUGUGGAGUGCGGGAAGACCAGCCGCUACAAGUCGGCCUAUUUGCGGCACAAGCGAACUCACACGGGGGAAAAGCCUUUUAGUUGUACGGAUUGCGGGAAGUGCUUCCGGCGCAGCUCGCAGUUGGUGACGCAUCAGCGAACUCAUACAGGAGAACGGCCGUACACGUGUCUGCGGUGCGGGAAAAGCUUCAGCUGUAACUCCACCCUGGUGACCCACCAGCGGACCCACACGGGGGAAAAACCUUACAUCUGCAUGGAGUGCGGCAAGGGUUUCAUCCACAGCUCCGACUACAACCGCCAUCACCGCGUCCACCGCGGAGAGAAACGCUACACCUGCAAGGAGUGCGGCAAGAGCUUCAGCCAGAGUUCCUACCUGGUCAUCCACCAACGCAUUCACACCGGUGAGAAACCCUUCAUCUGCAACGAAUGCGGCAAAAGCUUCAGCCGCAACUCGUCACUGGUGACCCAUCAGAGAGUUCACACCGGAGAGCGUCCCUACACCUGUGCUGAAUGUGGGAAGAGCUUCCGCCAAAGUUCCCACCUCCUCAUCCACCAGAGGACCCACACGCCGGACAGCCACCUGGCGCUCCGCGCUAUGAUGUGAGGGCUGCGCACGUCACUUCCAAAGAUACUCAAUAGGACAUUUCCAGACUGCUCCAGUCGAGGUCUCCAACUUCUUGGUGCUAUUGGAGAAGCAUAGGAGCCUCCCAUCAUGUAGCGUCCUCAUCCUUGUAGUGUACUGACAUUAUCUGGUCAUAUUGCAGAACAUUUGUGUCGUUCCCCCUCCCCCCACUGUCUAUUUAUAUAUGAUGGCUAGCUGUGAAGACUUAGUCUAUCCGCUGUCUCUGUUAGAGAGUCAGGAGUGCUAUAGUAGGUAGCUUCAUCCUGAUUGCAUGCCUCUCUCUCCAAUCACGAGUCGCUGCAUCCUCUGUAUCCUGUCUAAUGUGUCUCUUUCUUUAAACUUUGUUAAAGGAGACUGUGCCCUCCUUG